UUUGUAUUGAUUUUACUACCCAAACCCGUUAUGGCUUUUCGUGCAGAUGUAGAUCGUAUGCAAACAAUGUUACUGAUGUGCAGACGUGAAGUGGAAUUGCUACAAGCAAAUUUAACUAAAUUUUUGCUUGAUUCCGAAGUUAUCAUACAAAAUGAUAUAUUUAAGAAUAUUUGCAAAAAUACCAAUCACAAAACACAUGCAAAUGUUUUUGCCUUACUUGCCUACGACCGAUACAUGUCUCGUGUUGCCGCAGUGACAAAUUUAGCAAGGAAAUUCAACAUCCAUUUGCAACUACACAAUGUAAAUAAAAUUUUGAAUAAAGAUAUCGGUUACGGUGUUGGCCUGGAACCUGUCUCGUGUUUAUUUGAGGAAUUUGUCGAGUGGCAUAAAGUAUUAAAAGAUAAUGAUGAGUUUGUCCAAUAUAGUAUUAGGAGGAAUCAAAGCCGUCGUUUAGAAGAGAAUUACGAAGAAAAUAUACUGCCGACGAAAGCGCUGCUAGAUUCCAAUAAAAAAGUCUUUGAUAAAGACGCACUGCAAACGGCACGCAAGAUAACUUUUGCCAAGCCGGAAUCAUUAACAAUUGAAUCCCUGCCGCCAUGUGUGCAUUUGCGUGAUUUGUCUGCUUUUAUUGCUGGUUAUAAUUUCUCAGCAUUUAUAACAUAUAUUGAUAACAAAGAAGAAUUAAGUUUCUAUGUUUGUCAGAUGCAUAACGAUAUGCUUUACGAAUUGAGCAAUAUGUUUAAUUUGAACAAAAGUGUUCGCGUACCACCAAGCAACUUAAUUUUUGGCAUAUCUAUUAACAGUAAGAGCAUACUGCGUGGAGUCCUACAGUCUCCGUGCGAUGAAACCCAAGAGAGUACACAUGUGCUACUUAUAGAUUAUGGAGAGUUAGUGCCAUUAAAUAGCAAUGAAGUGCAGUUCUAUGAUUUACCUAAAAUAUAUCGAGAUUUACCCGCACAGGCCAUGAAAUGCAUUUUAUUGGGCGUUAAAAAUACAAGAAACAAUGUUAAAGAAACGAAUAAACAUAUCUUAAGUAACAAACUUAGGCAUUAUGAAUUCAAAGAGUUAAAUUUUGAAAUUAUAAAGCAAAUUGGACGAGUUUUACAUGUAUACAUUAUUGAGAAUCGACAAGUGGUAAAUAACUCACCACAGAUAAAAAAGACUGAUAAUUCCGCAAAGAACCCGUUUUUGAAUUUAUCUGAAGAUAAUAUCAUUUCCGACUCUACAAAACCGCAAGCAGCGAAAUUCGGUAGCAAUAACAAUUUGAGAUUUCUAUUAACGUCUCGCAUUGAUGAGAUUUCGCAAAACGAUAUUAUUUGCUUGGAAGUUAUACAUAUUUCUCGACCAAAUUGUUUUUACGCACAAAUACUAAAGGAUAAGUCGGAACAAUUGGAAUUGUUCUUUUGGAACACUGAAGAAAUAUCUGCAGAACAGAAGUUAACUAAAUCACCUCAAGUUGGUGAUUUGAUAUUAGCGCAAUAUGCAAAAGAUCAAUUUUGGUACCGUGCCAAAGUAAUUGCUCGAGUUGAUGAUGAUGUUUUCCAGGUAUUUUAUGUGGAUUAUGGCAAUUCAGAAAAAGUACCAAUUCAUAACAUGGCUAAAAUUAAUGAUAACCAAAAUAAUGAACCAUUUCGUGCAGUUCUCUGUCAUUUUGCUGAUAUAAACGAUAUUACUAACGGUAAUGAUAUUUUAUUUGAACAAGCCGUGCAAAUGUUAGUAGUCGCGCUAUUGAACCAACGUGUUGAAGUGAAAGUUGUGCAAAAAAUUAACGAUAAAGAGUUGAGUGUUUAUUUGUUGGAUAAGGAGUUUGCUGAAACAAUGCAAACACUUGUCGAUAUGGGAUAUAUAGAGAAAUCUGAGAAGUAAAAAAACUAAGUUUGUAUUUGUAAAAGGUAUAAAAAUACAGUAGUAUAGAAAAAGGAUAAAAUCAAUUGACAAUAUUGUAAUAAUAAGUUUUACGAAGUUCAACAAACAAAUUUUGAUAUUAAUAUUUAAAAAAAUUAAUAAUUAUAAAUUUUUUAUUUCUUUUAUUAAUGAGUUAUCACAAAGGUAAAUGGUAUAAAUCAGUUCAAGAUAUUUAUCUGACGAUUGAAUUGUAAUUUAAUUGUAAUUACGUUUACGGUCUUUUGUAUUAUAUAAGUAUGUUUUAAAACUAUCGGUCUGAAUAAAGAAUGAGUUGGCUUUUGACUGCCAUUCACUUCGGAGUGGUCAGAAACGAUUAUUUUUUUUAUAUUAUGCAAGCAGCUCAUGACUUCCGGUCUUAGACCAAGUAUCCCGCUGGGGAGACAACAAACAUUCGUUUGGAGGCGAGCUAAAGAGAGAAGGCGAGUCUCAUGUUGUUUUGCGUAGG